AAAGCUCAUCCGGCAUAUCCCAAAUCCGUCCCUCCUUAGUCCUCUGGAAUGGCGACCUUUCUUGUAUUCCUCCUCCUAUCUCUAUCUUCAUUUUGUGCCUCAGCUGAAGUGUCUUGGAACAUCGAUUGCGGAUCCACUGUGAGCUCUUACUCCGACAGCGAUGGCAUGGAAUGGGUAGGGGACAGUACCCUCAUCAAGUCCGGUAAGUUGAAGUCGGUGGCAUCUAGCUAUUCCAGCACCAGCAAUCAUGUGUGGGAUACUCUCAGGGUGUUCACUUCGGGAAAGAAGAAUUGCUACUCCCUCAAAGCCGAAAAGGGGGUGAAAGUGCUCCUCCAAGCAUUCUUCUACUAUGGGAAUUACGACGGCAAAUCAUCUCCUCCGAGCUUUGACUUAGAGCUCGAUGGAAACGAUCUGCUCACGGUCGAAACCAGUAUGGAACUGCAAGUUUCGACUUACAUAGAACUCGUUUACACUGUUCAGAGGGAUUACAUCAGCGUGUGUCUUGUCCAGACACAACCUGACCAGCUCCCUUUUAUAUCUUCACUUCGAAUUAAAAGUCUGCCCUCAGGCAUGUACAAAGCUUUGGACCCAAAAUAUGCGAUGAUUAACCGGGCGAGAUAUGCUUUUGGUUCUGAUGAAACUAUCAGGUAUCCAACAGAUGUCCAUGGUCGAAUUUGGGAUACGAUAGACUUGCCGGAGAGCAGGUACACACCGGUCACUAGUGAAGCUUCGCGUAUCGAUACUAGCGACGUUGCAGAUGAUAUUCCAGAAGCCGUGAUGGAAAAUGCAAUCACCACCUCGAGCAGUUCAGAAAACGCAACACUAGAAUUCAGCCUUCCUGAUUUACCGACACGACCAUCACCAGCGUACAUCACCAUGUACUUCACUGAAGCGGCUCAACUUGAUUCCUCCCAGAAGAGAUCGUUCAGCAUUUAUGUGGACGGCAACCUACUGGAAUCCACAAAAGGCUUCAGUCCCAUCUAUGGAAAGGCUACGCAGCUAAGCAUCUACAAUGUCACAGUUUCAGAAAACACGAUAUUCACGUUCCUCCCAACCUCUAACUCGACAUUACCGCCUCUAGUAAGCGCUAUGGAAGUCUACCGGAUUGUUAAUUACACCGUUCCAUCUUCAGACCCUAUCUCGGAAAAUCCAUCAUCGUCGUCCUCGAAAAGUGAGCCGCCUGUGAAUUCGGCAAUUAGUGCUCUGAUCUUCUUGGUUCUGGUUAACUUUUUUGGUGGAAGUACUCUUCUUCAUAAUACAACAGUAAAAGAGAUAGAGAGCCACCAUAGUCGAAGCAAUAACAGGAGAAGGGCAGAUGAUGGAGCAAAGCUCGAGCAAGAAGCGACGAUGAAUGACUUUGAAGUCUCAACAUGUGUAACGAGGGAUGUAUUUAUAUGACAAGCUAGCGGCUCCCGUGCAUCGACCUCAUUAUGCCAACUUGAUGCUAUCAAUUCAUAAAUCUAGUAUGCAAUUAGUGUGAUUUGCGACAGAUGCAUGUAUGAAUAAUAACAUCAUCAAAGUUUGUCCAGAUUUC